AUGAGCCCUGCCAUCCCUGUUAUUGAUUUCGCUCCCUUCCACGAGGGCAGCAGUGAAGACCGACAGCACCUGAAGGAAGAAAUCCACCACGCUUGCAAAGACCUUGGAUUCUUCCAACUACGCAACCACACCAUUCCACCCGAACUCCAAACAGCUAUCCUAGAGCAGUCCAGGGAAUUCUUCCGUCUACCGGUGGAGACCAAGGAGAAAUACGAUAGGGACAAUGACAGCUUCAACCGCGGAUACGAACGCUUGCGAGCCCAGAACUUCGAGAAACGAUUCGCAGGUGACCUAAAGGAGAGCUUUUUUCUCGGUCGACAUCUCCCACUAGAUUAUCCGGAUGUCCAAACCGGCAAAUUCGGCCUGGGACCCAACAAGUAUCCCGCUGAAGUGACAGACCCGCAGCUCUUCCGAGACACGGUGGAUCGGUACUAUGGAGCCGUUCUCAGUCUCACAAUCGACCUUAUGACUGUCAUUGCAGAAAUGGUGGGCCUUGGUUCAGAUGCUCUACGCAGGUUCAGUACUAAGCCCAUUGCUACACUUCGCUUGCUCCACUACCCCCCUCAGGCUCCUGAUGCGUCCGAGCUGGAAAGAGGCAUCGGGGCUCACAGCGACUUUGGUGCUAUUACCAUCCUCCUGCAGGACUCUGUUGGGGGUCUACAGGUUUGGAGCCGGACGUCGAACGAGUGGGUGGACGUGGUACCUGUGCCCGGCGCAGUGGUAGUCAAUACGGGCAAUAUGAUGAUGCGUUGGACAAACGAUCGGUAUAUCUCCAACCUACACCGAGUCAUCAAUACAUCGGGAACUGCACGCUACAGCGUUCCGUUCUUCUUUGAUGGCAACGCAGAUUUCCUGGUCGAGUGCCUGGAAAGCUGCCUCGGGCCAGGCGAAAAACCCAAAUACGGCCCGAUUACUGUGAACGACUGGAUGGUUGGCCGCUAGGCGGAUACUUUUGGGGGUGGCAAGGUCAAGGGCGAAAAGGACCUUGUGAGGUUGGAGUAACUACACCAGGAUACAUAUGGUCAAGGCAAAAGCCUCAUGGCAAUAACGCACGGUUCUUUCUAUCAACCGCGGAGAAGCAUGAGGAUCCUAGGCUUAAUUCUACCUCAAGGAUGGAUAGUCACAUACCCAAAC